AGCGAAGGCGCAGGCGCAGGCAGGAAUGCAUCGGAUGAGAAUCGGAGUGAACGCCUGCAAUCUGGUGAAACGGAACGGUUGGGGUUGAGUCGAGUCGAGGAGGAAGAGGAGGAGGAGGAGGAGAAGGAGCAGCAGACGGAGGAGGAGCAUGUCUGCGGCGCCUCACCGUGUGAAGCACUAGUGGUUGGAACGGGGUCAGGGCGGUGGUGUGGUGCCAUGAUGAUGAUGAUGAUGGUUUUAGUGGAGUAGGAGUUUCGACAUCGAUAUCGAUAUCGAUAUCAAUAUCGCCCUAGGUCUGCCCAGUCGUGUGCAGCGAGCGCUCGUGCGGGUUUGGUAUGUCGAGGCGGCAGAGAGGAUGGCGGAUUGAGAAAUGGAAAGUUGGUUUGUGUCUUGCACUCUGAGUUCCGGCGCUGCUCGAUGAACCAACCUUGAGGAGAAUCGACGAGGCAUUUGCAUCCUCGAGAGGCGCUUCUGAUCGGUAACUGGCGGCAUCCUCGUCCUGCGAGUGACCCUGUGGCUGGCACGUGGACGACCCCCCUCGGGUCCCUCGGCAUCCGACGCGCAAGCGCGGUCACAUUCUAUUUUCUCUCGGUGAUUUAAAGUAGGGCUAGCUGGCGAAUUUAAGCAAUCACAGACUUUCACACAGCGCCCCGAACUCCUAUCUGCGAGAUGCAGAGACAGAGGGAUGGGGUAGCAGGCUCUAUCCCAAUCCGGUAUUGCCUAUGCAAGUUCAUGGACCGAUGAUAACAGAUUCUUGCACUUCUGGCAGUCCGUCCGUGGACAAGGACAGGAGGUCGGAGGGGCACGGACGAAUUCCGGAGAUGAGAGCUGACCAUGGAGGAGCGGGGCUGUGCGGAAGGGGAUUCUCGGCCGCAGCCUCGCCGUUUCCGAACUCGAGGACCGAGCACAUACUCUCGCGGUACCGCCCCAUAGCUCCCAAGCCCACUGGCAAGACUGGUGAAUCCGCCGGUUCUGCUCCCAGUGAUCCUCAAUCUUCUUCCACCCUCUCAUUCGAAAGAACCAGUGCCAAAGCGAGCUCCAUAUCGUCCGACAGCUCCCGAGGAGGCAAGCGGACUCGCAAGAGAGCUCAACAAGAUGGCAGUGCGUUUCCUAGAGUAGCGAAGAAAUCGUCCGUGCCCAAUGGCCGACCAGACAAGGCGCGGACAGUGUCAUGCAAAAGCAUCCCUGUGGCCGGCGGUAUCGAGAAGGCGGUCGAGCAGUUUUCCCCGGACAACGGCGGGCAUGCAAGGCCCGGGGCUGCCAUUUGCGGAGUCUAUCCGAUCUUGAAGGAGCCGCCGGGUCUGCCCUUCAUGGAAGCAAUCCCGAGUGAUCCUCAAGCAUUGUUUGCUGUCCCGAGUCACUGUCGAUUUGAUCGUGACAAGUACGGCUCGUCGUUCGGAGCCAUUGGAAGGAAGAACCCUCGUGCCCAAGCGAUGGUGGAGAGCAGAGUAGGGCCACCCCGUGUGGACGUCGUUCCCAAGGCCGAGUUGUCGGCAGAGAGAUGUGUUCCGAGCGCCCCUCCGGCGGAAAGAGAGUCGGCGUUCAUGGAGCGCGCAGCGGCCAGCGCGCCGUCCGGAAGAAGAAUGAAUGGCUUUCUGAAAUCAGGUGGUUAUCCUGUCGACUACGCUCAUCAGGUCAGGGGCGGGUGCACUCCCUUCAAUCGAGGCUACGCUAACGAUGCGGCAGCGUCGAUGGGGAAUGGUCAGGGCUGCUCUCAGUACCACGAUGGCGGUGGGUACUAUCCCUCUCAGCUGCCUUGCAUAUCCAAUAGCUAUGGUGAGAGCGAGGUCACUUCAGGAGAAGGCGCUGAAAGUCGGAAGACCGAUUUGGUGACUCUCUCGCUUCUGCCCGACACGCCCUACUUGGAGCAAACGAGUUCGGAAGUCUCGAUGCCGAAGUCCAAUUUGCCCUUCCUGCGCUUAGCGAUUAAUAUCGAGUCAGGAAAUUGGGACACCGAUGCUCAAAACGAGGGCCGCGACGAGCUUCACAAGCUUACGUUGUUUAGGUCUGGAGGCGGUGCCGAGGAGGAGGAGGCCAAGCAAAUGAGUUCUGUCGAGGAGGAACGAGAGUGCUCGCGGGGCCGGGGGAGUCAUGCGCCGGAGGUGCAUUCGCAUCCCGCCGAGGGACGUCCUUUGCUGGAGACUCUCGAGAGAGGGCCCAGCACUUCUUCUUCAACCCAGCGGGAUAUGGAGGAAAAACUCGAUGUCGCGAGAGAAUGCAACGAUGCCCAGUCGCUGGAACAAGUUUACGCAGGAUCUUCCGAUCCAGUGAUGCUCUCGGACGCGGAAGGAAGGUAUUUGUGGGCCAAUCAAGCCUUCAGGAGGUUGAGUGCCGAAAGGAGCCGAGAGGUCGCUGGGCCUUACAUCGAUCCUCUCGGUAUUCGCACUGAGCUCUCGAGCAUGAUGUUCCAAGUCCCUCAAGGGCCUCCUGUGAGGGCCGUCCUGUGGGGUUUCCUGAAAAAAUUCAUCACGAGAGGCGGUGCGCAUCUCGCCGAAGAGAACGAUACGGAGUAUAGGAAUGGGAUGUCAGAGCGCAUCUGCCAUCCGAGCAUGCGCGAAGAAGCCGGCGACGGCGUGCCAGCCAACCACCACACGGUCAUUGCACCGCAGCCCAUUCGGCCUGUGGGCUCAACUUUGACUGUUCUCAAUAUAACGAGAAUCAGCGCUGCUGCUAUUCCUCUGGUAGAGAACUUGGAAUAUGUAAAAGAGCAAUUGGAAUCCAUAUCUAUGCCGGCCAUCAUAACUGAUUACAGAGAUCGGGUGAGAUACAUGAAUGCAGCGUACAAGCAAAUGGUCGGUCAACCGGAGUGCCCGUGGCUAUCCACGCUGAAGAAGACUCCCAGGGAGAAUGCCCAACAAAAUCGGCUGACGGGGGAAGUUGUGUUAAGCUGUAAGGAAAACUUGGGACAACUUUCUGCCGCAUUUUCUUGUAGGGUUCUUGGUGAGUGGAACUGCAAGGGCGAACGUGAACCAGUGAGGAUGAAUCUCCCGACUGAGGUGAAUCGUCUUGAGCACGAUAGGGCAGGUCCAAUGUAUGUUUGGAAGCUAGACGUAGCCAAUGGUUCCAGGCUGCCGAGUGGAGUUUUGAGACAAGACUGCUCGCAAGGGACUAAGAUGAUACUGGAUUGAAGCUGACUGGUGGUAGAUUCAGUGUAUUUUUUUAUUUUUUGUGUAGAAGUGUCUUGUAUCCCUUCCCACCCUCCCCCUGAAUAUUUGACGGUCGAGCCUCGGGCUGUCGAUGUAAAGUUGAUCCUAGGUGAUAACUGGAGAGACAAUUCACGUGGUCGUUGCUGCCACUUUGUACAGUGCCGGAACGUAGUAAUUGCUAAACUGUAAGUUCAUUCCAGCAACAGAGCAGAUCACCAACUGGCUGAUCAUGUUUUCCAAGC